AUGUCGAAUUCGAAAACCUCAGCCCAACUUCAACUCACUCAACGUGGUGGUCCCUUCAAAGUUGCCCACGUACCGACGCCCACACCAGGCCCAGAUGAAGUCCUCAUCCGCCAACGUGCUAUCGCACUUAACCUCGUCGACGUCAAACAGCGAGAUCUGGGCAUUGGUAUUUCGCGCUGGCCACAUGUGCUCGGUAUCGAAGGUGCCGGCAUAGUCGAAGCCGUAGGAAGCAACGUGCGUCAUGUCCGACCAGGCGACGAAGUAGCUGCAUGGGAAGGUUCAGGCGCGAUGCAGGAUACCUGGGGUGGGGCGUAUCAGGAGAGUGUCGUCGUGCCGGCGUAUCUUGUGUUCAAAAGACCCCACAACAUCAGUCUUGAGGAAGCUGCCUCGCUGCCCAUCUGUUUCACGACAGCUGUCAGCGCCAUAUACAAUAGUCUCAGUAUACCUCUCCCUUUCUUGACAAGCUUACCCCCUAAUGGAGAGCUACCAUCUUCUGUGCUCGUCCUUGGCGGAAGCUCAGCAACAGGCGCGUCCGCAAUACAGCUGCUACGCAAGGCUUGUCCGGACCUACCUAUAGUUGUAACGAGCUCUAGUAAACACUCAGCCAGGCUCAAAGGUUUGGGCGCGACGUCUGUGGUCGAUUAUAAGUCGCCUGCGGUCAUCACUGACAUCAGACGUGAAUCGCCAAAUGGCGCUGGAGUUGAUAUGAUACUUGACUGCGUGUCAGCAGGUGCUUCCCAGACUGACAUCUGUAAUGUCUUUUACGACGCUGGACCAAAGAGGUACGUCGCGGUUGUGACAGGAGUACCUGUCCCUGUGCCAGAGGAUGUGACACUGCUUGAGGCUAAUGCCUGGACGAUGAUGGGCGUAGAAGGUGGUAAUGAGAUUAUUGCAUCGUUGACGAAGCUCGUGGAAGGCGGUAUCUAUAGGACACCACUUCCAGUCCGCAACGUAGGUCAUGGAUUAGAGACCUUGCCGGACGUCUUAGAUGAGGUUGUAAAGGCAAGCGGUGAAAAGCUUCUGCUUUCCCUCUAG